AUGGCCGAGAAAACAUCUCAAAUGGAACUUUCAUCUAGCCAACGACAUAUAAUCUUGAAAACGACCCGAGCCGCGUUCGAUCUGUGGGCAACGAAUUCGUCAUUGACGUUCGAGCGCGAUUCGCUGAAUCCCGAUAUUUUGAUAUCGUUUCGUGAGGGGCGUCACGCGAUGCUAUACUCCCGACGAAACGAACCGUGUUCGUCUGCGUUCAGAGGUCCUAACGGAAAUGUCGCUCACGCGUUCUUUCCCACCGGAGACCCCAAUUUCGUCUCGGAGGUGCACGUAGACAAAGCGGAGACGUGGCACAUACAGCUGACUAAGAAUCCCCCGGGGACGUACAAUUUACUUCAGACGUUGACGCACGAGAUCGGUCACGCUUUAGGCUUGCCGCACACCUUCCGCGAAGAUUUGGUGAUGUUCGCGUUCAACUUACUCUAG